AAUUAUGGUGUCAAAUUUACUAAACAAAACUUUUUUUUGGUUAUUUCCUAAAUAAGCCCAAACUUAAUGUAUUUUGAAUUAUUAGGUGGAAGAAAUAAAAAUGAUUGGAAGUAUUAAAAGAUAGAAAAAGAUGUUUAAAUUUAAAAAUGUUGUAGAUAGUCAUAGUAGUGAUAUGGCCCGUCAUAUUUGAUAACUUAAAUAAUUUGUUAAGAGCAUUUACGUCGGUAAGUCUCUUAACAUUGGUUUCUUGAAAUUAUUAUAUUUAUAGUUUGAUUCUGUAAUUUAAUUAAUUAUUUAAUAACAGGUGUACCAAUUAAAAAGAAGUAAAUGCUCAAGUAGUCUCUCAAAUUGUUUUGAUGAUUCUUUUAGGAAGAAUCAUUUAUCAACUUUUCUACAUUUUCCCUCUUCUUAAAUAUUACUUAAUUAUUUAAUUUUGUUGAGAAACUCUAAUAUCAAUGCUGAUGCCCUAAGUUCAUAUAAACAAUAGUGUAUUUAUAAAAUGCUUACAAACUCCACAUCUUAUCAUUAAAGGUAGAGUUAACCACUAUACCAUAACCAGUUUUAUGUAACAAAUAAUAGUUUUUGGUGCCUGAAAGUCUGAAACAUCAAUUUUAUGAUCUUCAGCCUAAAAUCGAUUCUGAUGCACACAUAGGUAAACUAACUAGAGAUCAGUAGGGUCACGGUUGUACAGUUUCUUUUUACUAAAAAGUAGGACUAUUUUAGUUUUUUUUUUUUUUUUACCUUCAAUUCAUAUUAGGUUCACUAAAUUUGUUUAACAAUCACAAAACUUAAGAAUUAGUAGUAUUAGAAGGGUGUAUUUUUUUUUUUGAAAGACUUAGAAGGGUGUAUAUGAUCAUGCAUUAAUGAAGUUUUAAAACGUAUAACAAAUAUAUAUACCUCUAUUUGAUAUAACACUAAUUAUGUUGCGAACGAAAUUCAGAUAGCAAUAACACACUAUAUUUUGAGUUGAAAGUUCUAUACCACAGCAGCCCUUUGAUAAAGCGUCGUGAAGAAUCUUCAUUUAUUUCUUAUUCUUAAAAAUAGUUUUUGUUUUUGUGUGUGUUGGGUUUGAAUCGUUGCAACCCGUAACUGAUGUCAGUUUCUAAUGUUUCUAAUGUAGGAUUUUGAUAUUAUCAUUUUCGCUUUUUUGUUUCUAAUAGGAUUUUAGAAACUUAAUAAGAAAAAAGUUCAUUUAUAUAAUAAUGUUAACACCAUAUAUAACUUAUAUGAAUUCUUAGAUAAAAAAUAAAUGAAUAAGUAUAUAGAAAAAUGAAAUGGAAUAUAUCAAAUUAUAAAGAACUUUAAUUAAAUUAUGUAGUAUUUUUAUUUUAUUUUAUUUUUGAAAAAAAGUUGAACAACAUUUAUAAUGAGACGGUUGAAGUGCUAUUAAACCUACUAAAAUGCUGCUUAGAUAAUGUGACAUCCAAUUUAAAUGAUAUCUAGAAUCUAAUCAUUUUUUGAGAAAACGAUAAUUAGUUAUUCUUUUUAAAAAAUAUGUUUUUGCUAAGAUCUAUCAUUAUUUUUUAAUUGGACGACAAUUUACUGAUAUUUCAAGAAUAAAUAAAAAUGCGUUUUUAGUAUAAACUAAUGAUUAAUAGUGCUAUAUUAAUUAGAAAAUUUAAUUUUAUAUCUAGUCAAUAAUAUGCCUAAAGUAUAAACUUUGGAUAUUUAUUUAAUUUUUGUCAACGAUUACAGUCUCUAACCUGUAAUAUAUAUAAGAUAGUGAAAAUUACUUUUUUUUGUGGUAAACUAUAAAAUCAAAACUAAGAAAAACAUAAAUGGUCCUUUAUUGAUGAGAAAAACCGAAUUAAUUGAUUUGUAGUCGAUUUUCCAACCAAAUUAUAAAAUUGUAAUUUUUUGAAAGUAAUAAAAUAUUAAAAUAUCAUUUUCUUUAGUACAAUCAUAAAAGUAGUGAGAUGAUUUUUGGCAUCAAAAGAAAAGAUAUUAUGAACUCGGAAAAAAGAAAAGAUAUUAGGAACCAAUCAAAUUAAAUAGAGAUUUUUUGUCUGAAAAAAAUAAACAAAAUAUAAAAGUACAAAAAGCCCAAUAAAAGCCCACAUUAAGUUGCUUAUAUAUCGGAAGGAGAAGGUACGAAACCAAACGCCACAGAAACCGCAAGAGAGCAAAACUUAAAAGAGAAGAAGAAGAAGAAGCAACGUGAGGAGGUAGCCGAAGAAGAAUAAUCAAAAUACACUCAAAUGCUUGCAUUUGUCAUCUUAUUUUGAGAAAACAUAUAAUUCUCCAACCUUCCGGCUUUCGAACCACUAUUUCGUUUGGUUCACGUCGCUUGGUCAAGAGAAUGAAUCCGUUUAACCUAGCCUCCACAAUCUCACCUCCUCCUGUUGCUAAUCAUCUCUCGGCGAAGCGAAAGAGAGGCCGUCCACGUAAAGAUGCAACCAUGACUCGACAAAAAAGAUCUCCAGGGAGUCCAAAGGAGGAUGUUAAUCUGGUUGGUAAGACGGUGUCUGGUGUGGUCGAAAGAUCUUGCGAGGCGGGGUUCAUCAUCAAUGUUAAGGUGAAAGACAGUGACACGAGACUGCGAGGUUUUGUGUUCUCACGGGGGAAAGUCGUUCCUGUGACUCCAGAAAACGACGUGGCUCCUCAUGUCAAAAUGAUCGUAAGAGAAGAGAUCAAGAAUCAGACUGAAUAUCGUGAUCAAUCUUGUCCUCCUAACGAUCAGACAAUGAAAGAUGCUGUCACUGACUUGGAGACUGAAUGUGCUAGAGCUUUGAUUCUACUGCCACAUGGAAUAAAUGGAGAGGACCCCAAGGAAGUUAUGGAAGAAAGAGAAGCUGCUGCUACUCGUUUGGUGGAGUUUUCUCAAACUCCAGAAACGACCAUAGUGAAUCCUCAACAGAACCUUGUCUUGGCACGGAAAGAGACCAACGAGCAUCAGAAUUCUCCUGGUGAGGCUCGUGGGUUUGAUCUAAUGGCGGAGGAACCGGUUCAUCCGGUAAAGGAAGUACCGCAGGAGCUUCAGCUAGAACUUGGGAACAAGACAAUAUGGAGGGGAGACAACAACAAAAAUGGCACCGCAAUGGAGAUAGAUCCUGAAAGCUCUGUGCCUAGGAAUGGCUUUAUAGAGAAGUUGUUAAAAGGAAAGGAAAAGGUCGACUGUUAGUGCAGUAGUUUAAAACCUCUUUCUAUUCGGUUGUUUUAUAUUUCAGACUCUCCAAUAUAUUUCUUCUCUCUUUUGUUUUCAGUACUUUGUAUUUUCAGACUUCAGUGUUUGUACUUUGUUGUAAAACCAUUUCUUCUUCUGGUUAUAAAAACACUUGUUUCUUUUAA